AUGGACUCCCUCGACAUCCUCGCCGCCACACACGCCCAAAUGGGUCGUGCCAUUCCACAGCGUGGCCAUGAGUGUCGUGUUUCUGCUCUGGAGCCUGGCCUAUGUGCUCAUGACGCGUCGUUCGCUGGCCACAAAGUCAUAUGUUUGCUUCGGCCCCAAAGAAUGGCGCAGGUUAUGCGCAUCGUCAACUCCACCGUCGCCGGCACCGCCAUCGGCGUCCACGUCGGCGAAGUCGCCGGCAACGUCAACAACGAAAACCCCGGGCUCUGGCCAAGCAACCACCUCGCCUUGGGUGGGGCGCAAUAUUGGCCUUUCCCUGACACUUUUGACCGCCGCAGGCUGCGUCGUCCAGUGUGCAUUCUCUGUCUGGUGGCUGGCAGUACCUGGUAA